AUGAUUGUGCCCAGUCCAUCCACAAGGGCACUCAAUGAGCUAAUGUCCAGUAGUAUAUAUAACUACUUGGAGCAAGUUGAGACCAAGCAGCAGCAGAAACAGCCACAACAAAAGGAAGAAGCGAAGCCACAGCCAAUCAAGCCGCUAUAUCGAAAAGUACUUGGUCAUCAAUCUUUACACAAUUGGAUAAAAUGGAUGGUAAUAUUGCACAUUGUACGACUCCAAAACCCUAUACAAUGGGCCAAUUUCCUAUCAUUAAAUAAACCAAUUCGACAACUCUUGUCGCAUUAUCGGAGCUGGCUACCAAUGAUGCUACGAUCGAAGGGGGGUCAUGCUAAGGAUCCUCCUAACGCGGUUACUAAACUCGCCAACCUCACCACUUGUGCAUUUUUAUAUUUUGCCACGGUUGAUAUGAAUUCCUUCCCAAAGGAUUACGCGCUAGUUUCGUUGUUCAGUGCAUAUCAUGGAGAGUUGAACCCCCCAUCGAGAUCUCAAAUACUUAUAUCAGACAGUCUAUCCAAGCCAUUCAAACUAUCAACCUACAAGUCAACAAGUAUCUACUCACCAUUGAUGAAGAUCUACCAAAACAAGGAAUUUGUGAUAUUUCCAAUCUUGUAUGCUCAAAUAUUGAGCAAUUACCUCACACCAACUAAGUACAAGCUAAACAUGAUGUACUUGUCACCGUUUUUGAAAAGAUACAUUCUCAACCCCAUCUGGAUCAAUUUCUCACUUGGGCGAAACUAUAGUCGGAUCAAUUGGAAGAACUUGGCUGGAAAUUAUCUACUCCAUAAUGUGGUCAUUGCUGUGCUUGUAGCUGUCUAUUCAUUCAAAGACCGUAUAUUGGAUCGAUUUUAUGCUAUCAAAUAUGGACAUGGAAAGACCGACAGUGAAGGUUCGAUACUUCAAAACUACGCAGCUUAUGUCUUUCACAAGUCUAGUUCAAUCACAAACUUAAUCUACACACCCAAUCUAGUAUCGAUUUUGUUCAUUGCCAUGACAUCUCCAUUGUUUUCACUACUCGGUUCUAGCAAGUACCCUGACUUGCACCAAUUCUACGUGUAUAACCAGAAGCUGGUGUUUAAGACGUACACUAAGAUUAUUGGUUUCGUUGCCGGAUUAGCCACUAUACAAUUGAACUAUAUGCAGCUAUUUCCCGACUGGGGGUACAACAAGCAGGUAGAGGCUGAACACAAUACCACUGGAGAUACCGUCAUCUACGAAGAGGAUGCUGAAGAGGUACCUGCAGCUAGACUACUCUCCAAGCAAUUCUACAACGACUUGAAUAUGUACUUGUUCAAGCUUGUUGUAUUAUCCAAGUGGAGGAUUCUCAAGACAUACCAUCCAUUAUUCUCAAAAGUGCAAUUAUCCUGGUGGAAUAGACUUGAAACUGUAUUGAUGUGUUUUGGAUUUUUCAAGAUGAUGAGUUUGAACGAUUUUGUCAAUAGCCACAAGACAUUGGAUUUGGAACGAAUAUCAAAAGACAGUAUGAUAAGAAUGGCCAAUUUUGUAUCCUAA